AUGCUCCGUUGUACUUCUCUUGCGCACCUUCGGGUGCUGUGCCUGACGAUGCUGCCUGACGGCGGAGCACUUACGCCGGCACUGCGUAAGUUGGGCUACACCCCCUACACCCUUCGCUCCACGUACCAGCAAGGUCACGCCAGCACUCACCCUAUCGCGUGGUCCCGGCUGCUGGACGGCAAAACAAGUGCGCUGCCUGCCAAGGUGCUGGCGGACUACGACGCGGUUGUUGGUCCACCGGGUGCCAUGGUGUAUGACGUGCUGCUGGGCCAGGCACCGAGUUAUACCAAGAUUAUCCUGGUCGAGGAGACGGAAAAGGACAAGUGGGCAGAGGAGUACGAAGCAUACCUGGAGCGCUUGCAGAUCUCGACGAAGCGCGCCUCGCAGAAUCGAAUUACGAAAGCCUUUCAGCUCAUGAUAGCCAAGAUGGUCGUUGGUGGUGAUGCUUCCGGAGCGGCGAUGGAUGCUCCAGUCGGGGCCGCGUCGUCUCUGAGCACGAGAGAAUCGAGAGGCUGCAUGAUAUCUUCCUCCGGUGCCUUGCGUCGCUCCUUCGCUGCAGAGGCGACCGAGUUGAAGCGAGGCUUCUGUGGCAGCAAAGGGCUUUCUGCCACACCUGUGAAUGACCUCAGCGACGAUUCUCGCGGUACGGCAACGGCAGAACGGGAAAGACAGGAGGAGACGAACAACGCGAACGAUGGCCAACUGCGACAUCCGCGUGCUGUCGCGCUGCAGUUGUACGAGGAGAGUGUGAAGAUGUCGAUUCCGCGCAGUGCGCUGCUUGUGUAUCGCUACGGCGACGGCUGGGAGCCGCUCUGCUCAUUCCUCGACAAGCCGAUUCCUUCUGCUCCCUUCCCUGAGUACGAUGACGGCCUCCGUGUGCUCGGGAACCUGCAAGAGCGAAUCGAUCGAGCACACGCGCUGCAGUACCUGGUGGGCGGCGUCUGUGUGGUGUGCGCACUAGUGACGGUGCUGCCCCGUUGUGAAGGCAUUGUGAGGUUUGUGAAGGAUCUGUACGCGGACUACCAAGUAGCCUUUGGCCCUGACAGCGCUGCCUCUGCGAGGAAGACUGUCGGUGGCGGCUCUCUGCAAACGGACGCAGAGAAGUUCGAGGCUGCGUGGCAGAAGCGUGGCGGCGCUGUGACGCUCACAACGAAUGAGUGCCGGAGCCUGGCGAAGUCACCUCUGUAG